AUGGCUGCUGCUUCUCCUUCUCCUCCUCCUUCGACGGGCCGGGUCGACGCGUUCUGGCACGACGGGAUGCUGAACCAUGACACGGGUCGGGGCGUGUUCGACACGGGUUCCGACCCGGGUUUCUUGGACGUGCUCGAGAGGCACCCGGAGAACCCCGACAGGGUCCGAAACAUGGUCUCCAUCCUCAAGCGUGGACCCAUCUCUCCCUACGUCUCCUGGCAUUCUGCAACGCCUGCUCUCAUCUCUCAACUCCUUUCUUUUCACUCUCCAGAAUACAUAAAAGAACUAGUGGAAGCCGAUAAAAGUGGAGGGAAAGUUCUUUGCUGCGGAACUUUCUUGAACCCUGGGUCAUGGGGUGCCGCGCUUCUUGCUGCCGGUAACACACUGUCUGCUAUGAAACAUGUACUCGAUGGUAAGGGGAACAUUGCAUACGCACUAGUGAGGCCACCUGGUCACCAUGCUCAGCCUUCUCAAGCCGAUGGGUAUUGCUUCUUAAACAAUGCCGGUCUAGCAGUUCGAUUGGCAUUGGACUCCGGGUGCAAAAGGGUUGUCGUGGUUGAUAUAGAUGUGCACUAUGGAAAUGGAACAGCAGAGGGGUUUUACCAAUCCAACGACGUUCUUACCAUCUCUCUCCACAUGAAUCACGGGUCGUGGGGUCCAUCUCAUCCGCAAAAUGGAUCUGUCGAUGAGCUCGGUGAAGGUGAAGGAUAUGGGUAUAACAUGAACAUUCCCUUGCCAAAUGGAACAGGAGACAGGGGAUACGAGUAUGCCAUGACUGAGCUGGUUGUGCCAGCCGUGGAGAGUUUCAAACCCGAAAUGGUUGUUCUUGUUAUUGGCCAAGACUCUAGUGCGUUCGAUCCAAAUGGAAGGCAAUGCUUGACAAUGGAUGGAUAUCGGGCAAUUGGUCGACAAAUUCGCAGCUUCACGGAUAGGCACAGUGGAGGGCGCAUUCUCAUUGUCCAAGAAGGUGGGUAUCAUGUUACCUACUCAGCUUAUUGUCUCCACGCCACACUGGAAGGCAUUCUUGAUCUUCCAGAUCCAUUGUUAGCUGAUCCAAUUGCUUAUUACCCAGAAGAUGAGACUUUUCCUGUGAAGGUGGUUGACUCAAUCAAAAGGUACCUUGUAGAUAAGGUACCUUUUUUCAAGGAACAUUGAUACGGAGAUGUUGCACUAUAACUUCACUUUCUCAGUACAGUGUUCCCAAAUCUAGUUUGAAUAUUUUGUUUUGGUAGGACUUCAUUUGAGAUAGAAGAUGGUAAUAUGAAGAAAGUAGUGAUUUCUAGAUUUUCUUUUCUGGGUUAGAAUUUGUGAAUCUAGGUUGUCAGUACUAUUACAGCAUUUCAGGAACUUAAUAAUCUAGUGGUACUUGUUUUUCUUUUAAC